AUGGCUUUCCUGUCCAUCUUAGCAAGCUUCGCUUUCGUGCGCGUUGCGCUGUGUGCUGCUCCGUUCCAUAGACCUGCGUUUCCACCUAACUGGCCAUCGCAUCCGUUUGGCCCUCCGGCUUUCCCUGCGUACCAUCACAUCGAGCCUAGCAGUACUGCAAAUCAGUCCUACGACUACAUAAUCAUAGGCGGGGGUACCGCCGGGCUCACCGUCGCGAACCGUCUCACCGAAGACCCCAGCGUUACUGUUCUGGUGAUCGAGUACGGCUACCUCGACAACAAUGAGACAGUGCUCAUCCCUUAUUAUGCCAACUUCAACAACUACCGAGACCUGUUCAACCUCACCUCCACCCCGCUCGUUCAUCUGAACAAUGAAACCUCAGCUGUCUACGCUGCGGCAACUGUGGGAGGUGGCAGUGUGGUGAAUGGCAUGUACUUCGACAGAGCUAGUGCCGCCGAUUACGAUGCUUGGGAGGCCAUUGGCAACCCUGGCUGGGGAUGGGAUGGUCUUCUUCCCUACUUUAUCAAGUCGACAAAUUUCACGCCUCCGACGCCAGCAGUGGCGGCUGAGUACAAUUACACAUGGGACAUCUCAGUUUGGGGUACAAGUGGUCCAGUCCAUGCUAGUAUAGCUCCGUUUGAGUGGCCUGAAGAGCCUUACUUCUUUACCGCAUGGUCAGAGCUUGACAACGGUACGAUUCCGUAUCCAAUCGACGGUGCCAAUGGCAGCGGUGUUGGCGUCUUUUGGGUGCCGAACAGCGAGGACCCUACGACAGAAACGCGGAGUGACGCGCGCACAGCAUACUAUGACCCCGUUGUCAAUCGGACAAACCUCCAUCUCGUGACCGGGACACAGGUGAACAGGAUCUUGUUCGAAGGCAAAACUGCAGUCGGAGUGUCAAUGACGAGUCGUGAUACGAACGAGACCGUCUCAGCUUAUGCUAGCGAGGAAGUCGUUCUGGCUGCUGGCGCAAUCUUCUCACCACACAUCCUGCAGCUGAGUGGUAUUGGAGCCAGCAGCAUGCUCGAAGCUGCAGGGAUCGACGUUAUCAACGACUUACCCGGCGUCGGCAUGAACUUCCAGGAUCACCCUACAGCAUACUUGGUCUAUGCCUUACUCAACGACACGUAUCCGAACCCUAACCUCCUUUCUACCAAUGCGACGUACUACGAGGAGCAAGAAACGCUGUACUUCGCCAACCGAACUGGAGCGUGGGUGCAAGCACACGGCAACAGCGCCGCCUUUCUGCCUCUGCGCACCAUCACCGACCAAGCCGACGAGAUUGUGUCCAUGGCAGCGGCUCAGAAUACUAGCGAGUACCUGCCUGCGAUGUACGAUGCAACCAGCCGCGCCGGUUACGCCAAACAGCACGCUUUACUCACCGCGCUGGUUAACAGCAGCGAGGCGGCGAUGUACGAGUUCCCAUUUGCUGGCUCUGGUCUUUCACCAAACGCAAUGGAGAGGCCUUUCUCACGCGGAACUAUAAUCCUCAACCUAACCGACCCUUUCGGCAGCCAACCUGUGAUAGACUAUAACACGCUCGCUAAUCCGGUAGAUGGCUUGAUGUCUGUAGCGAUGCUGAACUUCACCCGGCGAUUCUACGCCACACCCACAAUGUCUCGCCUGGGCCCGCUCGAGAUCGUUCCCGGCGCCAACUAUACCUCUACGGAGGAGAUUCUGGCGGUCUUCGAAGCCGGCGUGCUGACUCCCAGCUUCGCACACCCAAGCUGCGCAUGUCCGAUGAUGCCUCUCGAGUAUGGCGGCGUGGUGAGCCCAGAGCUGCUGGUAUACGGCGUUGAGCACUUGAGCGUCGUGGACAGCAGCAUCAUACCGAUUAUUCCUGCGACGCAUUUGUGUAAUACGGUCUAUGCGAUCGCUGAGAAGGCCGCAGACUUGAUCAAGGCAAGGCACAGCGGCAGAGGUGCGUCGUGGUAA